UCUAGGCCAGGUUGGAUGGGGCCUGGAGCAGCCUGGUCUAGUGGAAGGUGUCCCUAUCCAUGGCAGGGGAUUGGAACUGGAUGGUCCUUGAGGUCCCCUCCAACCCAGAUCAUUCUACGAUGCUGUGAAGCUGUGUUUCAACAACAUGAAGGCCACGCUGCCCCGCUCGCCUCACAAACCCUUCAUGAAGUCUAUAAAGAAAAAAGGAAUGGGAACACAGUGAGUAACCUGAUUUUCAUUCUACCUCCAAUCUAUGGUGCGAUUCAGACCUAUAAAGAUGGCCUUGAAAAACGGUAUUUAGCUGCAUAUUUGUGUCUUACAGCUGUGGGAUUGGGAUCUUGGUGCUUCCACAUGACCCUGAAGUAUGAAAUGCAGCUGUUGGAUGAACUGCCAAUGAUAUACAGUUGUUGUGUGUUUGUCUACUGCCUGUAUGAAUGUUUCAAGUACAAGAAUACAGUCAAUUAUGCACUGCUUUUCUUGUUAAUAACAUACAGCGUCGUAGUCAGCAUAGUUUACCUAGAUUUGAAAGAGCCUGUAUUCCAUCAGAUCAUGUAUGGAACACUAGUUUCCAUCAUAGUUCUAAGAUCUGUUUAUAUAGUAUUAUGGGUAUACCCAUGGCUUAGAGGUUUAGGCUAUACAUCUUUAACUGUAUUUUUAAUGGGAUUUUUUCUCUGGAAUGUGGACAACAUUUUCUGUGAUAAAUUGAGAGCAUUACGAGAGAAGAUGCCUCCCGUGGUGGGAGCUGUGACACAGUUUCAUGCAUGGUGGCAUAUUCUCACGGGCCUGGGUUCUUACCUUCAUAUCCUGCUAAGUUUAUAUACAAGGACACUUUUCCUGAAACACAGGCCAAAGGUGAAGUUUAUUUUUGGUAUAUGGCCUGUUCUUCUUGUGGAGCCACCCAAGAACCUUUGACUGAGCCCUGGGCAGCCACACGUGAUCACCUGGCCUGGCUGAAUAAAGCAUUUCAACAGUUA